UGAUGUCCCGGUUGAGCUCCUCGGCCCGGCGGCAGCGGGGAGGCCCGCACUGCACAGGCGCAGACCGAGCACUCGCGUCAAAAGACGAAGAGAGCGCGCGCUCCCCACGUCCUGCGAGUCGGGCUGCCAGGCAUUCGUCUCCCCCGUGACUCCCGCGGGGCAGGGCUGAAGAGCGAUGCCCCGGGAGAUCAUCACCCUGCAGCUGGGCCAGUGCGGCAACCAGAUUGGGUUCGAGUUCUGGAAACAGCUGUGCGCCGAGCAUGGUAUCAGCCCCGAGGGCAUCGUGGAGGAGUUCGCCACCGAGGGCACUGACCGCAAGGACGUCUUUUUCUACCAGGCAGACGAUGAGCACUACAUCCCCAGGGCGGUGCUGCUGGACCUGGAGCCCCGAGUGAUCCACUCCAUCCUCAACUCCCCCUAUGCUAAACUCUACAACCCAGAGAACAUCUACCUGUCGGAGCAUGGUGGAGGGGCUGGCAACAACUGGGCCAGUGGAUUCUCACAGGGCGAGAAAAUCCAUGAAGACAUUUUUGACAUCAUAGACCGAGAAGCAGAUGGAAGUGACAGCUUAGAGGGCUUCGUGCUGUGUCAUUCCAUUGCUGGGGGGACAGGUUCUGGCCUGGGCUCCUACCUUCUCGAACGACUGAAUGACAGGUACCCCAAGAAGCUGGUGCAGACGUACUCAGUGUUUCCCAACCAGGACGAGAUGAGCGAUGUGGUGGUCCAGCCCUACAACUCCCUGCUCACGCUCAAGAGGCUGACCCAGAACGCAGACUGUGUGGUGGUGCUGGACAACACAGCCCUGAACCGGAUCGCCACCGACCGCCUGCACAUCCAGAACCCGUCUUUCUCCCAGAUCAACCAGCUGGUGUCCACCAUCAUGUCAGCCAGCACCACCACCCUGCGCUACCCCGGCUACAUGAACAACGACCUCAUAGGCCUCAUCGCCUCGCUCAUUCCCACUCCUCGACUCCACUUCCUCAUGACGGGCUACACCCCGCUCACCACGGACCAGUCGGUGGCCAGCGUGAGGAAGACCACGGUCCUGGAUGUCAUGAGGCGGCUGCUGCAGCCCAAGAACGUGAUGGUGUCCACAGGCCGGGAUCGCCAGACCAACCACUGCUACAUCGCCAUCCUCAACAUCAUCCAGGGGGAGGUGGACCCCACCCAGGUCCACAAGAGUCUGCAGAGGAUCCGGGAACGGAAGCUGGCCAACUUCAUCCCCUGGGGCCCUGCCAGCAUCCAGGUGGCCCUGUCAAGGAAGUCUCCCUACCUGCCUUCGGCCCACCGGGUCAGUGGGCUCAUGAUGGCCAACCACACUAGCAUCUCCUCGCUCUUUGAAAGUUCCUGCCAGCAGUAUGACAAGCUGCGGAAGCGGGAGGCCUUCCUGGAGCAGUUCCGCAAGGAGGACAUCUUCAAGGAGAACUUUGAUGAGCUGGACACGUCCAGAGAGGUUGUGCAGGAACUCAUCGACGAGUACCAUGCAGCCACGCGGCCAGACUACAUCUCCUGGGGCACCCAGGAGCAGUGACUUCCUCCCCACCACUUCCCCUGGACAGUAAGGACAGUCCCCAUAAUGCCUGGUCCCUGUGACCCAGAUUCCCCUCCCCAAAAACCUUUCUAGAUUCAUCUCCAGCCCAGGCACUGGCCCUACUUCCUCCCUUCUCUGCCCUGACCCUUGAUAUGCUUGUUUAGCUCUAGUAAAGUAAUAAAGCUUUGUCAUGAAUAUAGUCAGAGCUUGGUUGUGGAUGUAGUCAGGGCUUGGUCUGUGAAUAUGGGGGGAUGAUCCAUGUUCCCUCCCAGUUCCCAGGCAUGUGGCCUUUACCUGCUCUAGCUUCCUACCAGUAGUCCGGGUGUCAGUGUGGUCCCUGUUUCCAUUGGCAUACCUGGCCUAGAACCAGGCAGCUCUACUGCGAGUCAGCCCUACCUCUCAAGAUUACAGAG